CCCCGCUCCCCGCCAUGGCCCUGGAGCCCGGGGCGCUGCUGGACCUGAGCUUCCUGACGGAGCAGGAGCGCAGCUCCAUCGCCGAGGUGCUGCGGCGGGACUGGCAGCUCCGGCGGCGAGAGCAGGGGCGCAUCAGCAAACUCCGUAAGUCGGUGUCGGACCCGGCGCGGCUGCGGAGCCUCACCGGGGACUGGUUCUGCGAUGCCCGGGCCCAGCGGCACCAGCAGCCCCUGGGCUCCGACCUCGUCCGAGCCUCCAUCCGCCGCAGGAGGCGGCCCCGGGGAACGGGGGAGCUGGAACGUGGCUCCAGUCUGGGCGAGCUGGAGGCCAUCGAUGAGCCCGUGGCAGAGGAGAGGGAGGAUGAGGAUGGUGCGGGAGAGACGGAGGAGAGUUCCCCCACAGAGGAGGUGCAGGAGGCCCCUGAGCCCCAGCCCAGCCCCCCUGCCCUGGCCGUGGAGGGGACCCCGGUGUCACAGCCCCUGCUGCAGGGUGACAUCCCGGCGAGGGAGCAGGACAGCCCGGCCCAGCCAGGUGACACGGGAUCGGGGAACGACCUUGGCUCAUCCAGCAGGGAGGAGGGUGAGGAGGAUGAGGAGGAGCCAGAUUCGGCACAGAGCAGCCACAGUGCUGGGCAGAGACCGGAGACCCCCCAGACGGAUCAGACCCCCCCAGACCCACUGUCCCCACAGAACGGCCUCCCCCCCCCGAGCCUGCUGAGCACCAGCUCCUCCGUGUCCAGCCUCAGCUCCUCCACGCUGAGUGGGAGCCUGAUGAGCCUGUACAGCGAGGGGGAGCUGGGCGCGGUGCCCGUGCGGGGCUGUGUCCAGUUCUCCCUGCGCUACCACCCGGCCAGGAAGGAGCUGCAGGUUCACGUCCUGCGCUGCCGCGAGCUGGCCGAGGCCAAGAAGCAGCGCUCGGACCCGUACAUCAAGACGUACCUGCUGCCCGACAAGUCCAACCGCAGCAAGCGCAAAACCGCGGUGAGGAAGAGGAGCUUGGAUCCCGUCUUCAACGAGACCCUCAAGUACAAGCUGGAGAAGAGGGACCUGCAGGGCCGGACCCUGAACCUCUCCGUGUGGCACCACGACAGCCUGGGCAGGAACCUCUUCCUGGGGGAGGUGGAGGUGGCCCUGGGCACUUGGGACUGGGCCAACACACGCCCCGAGUGGUUCAAUCUGCAGCCACGGACCCCCAUCCCCUCGGACGGCCUCGCCAGCCGGGGCAGCCUCAACCUGGCGCUGAAAUUCAUCCCUGCGGGCUCGGAAGGAGCGGGGAUGCCACCCACGGGCGAGCUGCACAUCUGGGUGAAGGACGCCCAGAGCCUGAUCCCGCUGCAGAGCGGCACCGUGGACGCCUUCGUGCAGUGCUACGUCCUGCCCGAUGACAGCAAGGCCAGCCGGCAGAAGACGCGGGUGGUGAAGCGGAGCCUGAACCCCCUCUUCAACCACACCAUGGUGUACGACGGCUUCCAGGCCAAGGACCUGGGCGAGGCGUGCGCCGAGUUCACCCUCUGGCACCACGAGGCGUUUUCCAAGCGCCAGCUGGGCGGGAUCCGGCUCAGCCUGGGCACGGGGAGCAGCUACGGGCUGCCCGUGGGCUGGAUGGACUCCACGGCGGAGGAGCAGGGGGUGUGGAAGCAGCUGCUGCAGCAGCCCGGGCGCUGGGUGGAGGCGCUGCUGCCCCUGCGGACCAACCUCGUGCCCCGGGCAUAGCCCCGAGCCCCUGGGGC